CACAGCAUCAGCUGAUUAUAUUUCAGAAGAAUGAAGCAUAUUUUAGCAUUACUUUUGUUAGUUAACAUAUCAUGUGGAUACAGUUAUAAUAUUCUAUUUUUUCACGAUAUUGGGACAAAAAGCCAUUUACAUCUCUAUUAUCCGUUAGUUGAAGUACUACUAGAACGAGGCCAUGAAGUAACUGGUGUUUAUUACGGAUCUGCUAAAAUCCAACAUGAGAACUACACUGAACUUCAAAUACCAGAUAAUUUGGGGAAACUUAUGAAAAAUUUGUCCUCCCUGUAUAUGGAAGAAGGAAAUUCAAAGUCUAAUAUUAUCAGUAUUUCUCGUUUAGCGUCAACAUGGCAUCUUUUACCGAAAUAUGUGGAAGAUGUUAUUUCUACAUUUGAAAGAGAAGAUGUCAAAAAGAUACUCCAAAAACAAUUUGAUAUUGUUAUUUCAUCAAGUAAUAAUGUUGGGUAUGUUGCGCAUGUAACAGAUUCCAAAAUUAUAUUUAUCAGUCCUCCUGGACCUAUCUCAAUGUUUACAUCUCCAAUUGGUAAUAGAUUCUACCCUAGUCUGUCUCCCGCCUUGGGGUCAACCUUCACUGAUCCAUCAUCUAUGAGUCAGAGGUUUAACAAUUGGUUUGCAUCAGUCAUGAUAGAUGUAUGGACUAUAUUUCACAAUGAAUUCCAAUUAUACCCUGGAUUAGUUGAUACAUUAAACUACAAUGGACCAACAUUGCUUAAAGUAAUUAGUGAGCGAAGUCAGCUGGUGCUGUCCAACAGCCAUUCAAUAACACAUGAACCACAACCAUUCCUGGAAAAUGUGGUUCAUGUUGGUGGAUUACAUAUUAAACAAACUAAACCUUUACCACAAGAUCUUCAGAUAUUCAUGGAUUCUUCUCCACAAGGUGUUCUGCUGGUUUCUUUCGGAUCUUCAAUAACUCCAAGUUCGAUGUCAGAAGAGAAAAGAAAGGUAUUUUUGGAAGUGUUUGAGAAGAUUAAUAUCCCAGUAAUCUGGAAAUGGGAUACUGGAGUUACAGCUGAUGUACCAAAGAAUGUUCUUAUUAAAGACUGGCUUCCUCAACAAGACUUACUGGCACAUCCCAACCUAAAGGUUUUUGUAACACAUGGAGGUCUACUGAGUAUUAUGGAGGCGAUCUAUCAUGAAACCGUCCUGGUCGGUAUACCCCUUGGUAAUGAUCAGCGUCCAAACCUUGUUCGUCUUGAAUCUAAAAACCUUGGAAUAAUGCUGGAUUGGGAUAAUUUAUCUGCUCAAGAGAUGAUUCUAGCAAUUCAGAAAGCAAUGACGGAUGUUGAAAUGGCAAAAUCUAUGAAGGAGAUGAGCCGGCUGUUUAAAGAUACGCCUGCUAGACCAGUUGAAAAAGCUGCUUGGUGGAUUGAAUUCGUGAUCAGGAACGGAGGAGCAGAUUACUUUAAACCCAACUCUAUGAACCUACCCUGGUAUAAAGUUCUAAACCUGGAUAUCCUAGUUCUGGUUCUACUCUGUAUCCUGGUAUCAGUUUAUAUAUCCUACAAAAUAUUUAAAUCUUGUCUCCGCUGUUGCUGCUCAAAAGGUAAUAUUGUGUACAACUACCAGUACUACUACUACUAG